CUCAAAUGGGAUUUAAGCCGUAGAUUCGAUUUAUUUUUGUCGUGAGCGCGUCAAUCGAAAAGACUUGGGAAAAGUCUAUUUCAAUUCCAUAUCAAUUUUCCAUUAUCUUUUAUAUGCUAAAAACAUAAAAAUAAUUUAGUGACCGGUGAUAACAACACAUGUAAGAUAAAAAACAAUGCCAAUGUAGAUUAGAAAGAUAUCGGACGUAGACGUACUUCUAGUGUUAUCCCUGCGUCAUGUUUGUGUGUUUUUACUGAAAAAAUGUUUGUGUUAAUAUUUACUAUUGCCGGAUUUUUUUCACUUGUUUCUCCUGAGAGUUGCUUCUUUCAAAGAUGUUUAGGAUGUCACCCACAGGAAACAGUGUGGCCAGGAAAUUCAGUAGACUGCCGACCCUCAAAUUGGGUCUCAGCACAAUGGGUACACAACCUGGGACAUCCUCCUCCCUCAACGGAUUCUAGAAUACCCAUAGAAAUGCGAUGUCUAAAAAUGGUGGCAACACCAGAUGACAAAUCUUUUGGCAACACAGUAGACACAAUAAGAGGUUGCGUACCCAGAGCUCAAGUAGAUUCAGUGUGCCUUGGUCUUGUAGCUGUAGAAAGAGCCAGAGGACACAGUGACGCGAGGUGUUUUACAUGCUACGGUGACAAUUGCAACUCUGCUUUUAAACACGUGUUUAAAUUACACGUAAUAGUACUGUCAUUACUACUUUACUAUAUAUUAAGAUGAAACAAUAAAAAAGUUACUUAUAGGCUUAAAAGUCAAGUUAAUUAUUGAUUCAUAAUAAUUAUUAAGAUUUCUAUAUUUUCAUUUAUAUCCGUAACAAAUUGAUAUAUACCUAGUUGUACAUUUAAAAAAAAAACAAUAUUAUGCAAAAAAUUUGUAUUAUGUUUAAUAUACGAAUUACAAAAGUG